UCAAAAGAAGACCCUUUCAUUUCUCCGUGAAACUGAUCUGGAACAAUGGGAUAUAUUCAUUAUGAUUGAAUAAAAGCUUGGAUGGACAGUAAGAAGACUAUUACUGACAGAGGAAAUUACGUAAGAAUAACAUGGAAAGAUAUAAAAUGAGAAUUAUGAAAGAGUCCAGUAAGCUGAAUGGAAAAUCAAGGCAACAAUACUCCCCUUUCAACAGAGUUCGAAAUAUUUAAUUUCCCUCGUCCUAAGAGUAACCAUUGGGUGAUGUUUGAAGCUCAGGACACAGAACAUUUUGCAGAUGAACAAGAGAAAUCAUACCACAUCUUUGAUUUUAGACAUAAAAAGAACCUGAUAGUAGGUAGAGGAUAUAAAGCAGACGCCAGGAUAAACGAUAUCAGUAUCUCAAGAAUCCACGCCUUCUUAAGAGUAAGAGAUAAAGAGAUAUGGCUUGAAGACGCUGACUCUAAAUUUGAUGCUCCUUAUAAUAUCAAACCUGGGACAGAAGCUACAUCUUUUCAGGUUGGAAGGACAUUAUUUCAAAUCAAAGCAGUCAGAUUAACAUGUUUUGAUAAGUUGCUGAGGCACUGUACCAACCAAGAUAAUAUUAUUAAAGGCAAAAAUUUUAAGAAAUUUAAACACGAAUUUCCAACUCAGCUCCAGCAAAGUUGUUCAAACAAGAAACUUCGGUUUAAAAAAGUUUGUAAUCAACCUUUGGAUCCUGUGGAUAGAGAAUUUAACUCCAUCGAUAGUUACAGCGAGAGCUUUGCAUUUGCUCAAAAUCCAAGAGCUGUAGAGGAUAGUCUGGAGACUUACUCAAACAAUUUGGAUCAUCCGAUCCCACAUAUGAGAAGCUCUAUUAUCGAAAGCUCGCACUAUAACACAUCAAAUAAGGAAGAAAGCAAAAACUGGGAGCAUUCGAACUCUCAUGUUGAGUUUGUGAAAAGUGAAAACAGAUGGGGUUCAAUUAAACCUAAAUAAUUUGCAAUCAUUCACAGUAAAGCGGGAGAAGAAAAAGAACAUGCCUCUUAAAACGGUAGUUGUUGAUAAAUCUCGGACUGAGAAUAACAGAUCUGCUCUGUCAAGCCACCAAAAAUUACCAAAUUUUUCAAUUGAGAAAAAUAAAAGUAAUAUACCCAAAUUCUCUUUUCUCAAAGUGACUCACAAAGAAGAAAAUAAAAGCCAUGAUGACCAAGAAGAUAUCCUUAACAGCAAUUUUGUAGAUGAACUAUUGAAAGACCCUAUCAUCGGAUUUGAAUACCCAGAGUCUGAAUCUCGCUUUGUAAUGAAACCUCUAAAUAACCUAAUGCCGCCAUCACAAAAUUUAAAUUAGACUAAUU